UAGUCGCGCCUUCCUCCUGACGCAUGUGCGUUUCCCGCGAACACAGGAGGGCUCAUGGUGUUUGCCGUAGCUCAAUAGCUAAUAGCUAAGAGUUGUCACCAGACCAGAAUCUGUCAUGGCGAAGCAAAGCUCACUUUUAAAUUUCUUCUCCAAGUCUCCUCCGCCGGUGUCCAAGCCGAAAGCCCAGUGCUCACCCGACGAGGCCGACUUGCCGUCUCCAUCGAGAAGUCCAACUCUUCUCCAAAAGAAGAAGCUAAACUACUCUCGAGCAAGACCACCAAAACCAAAUCAAAGAGUGUCGUUAAGAAUGCGAAAGGAGGAUUCAGCCAACUGUUCGGCGAUAAAGCGUCAACAGCAAAAGACGCGAGCACCACAUGCUCAUUCAAUGCAGGGUCCCUUGUGUGGGCAAAGUUGGAGGGGCACCCAUGGUGGCCAUGCAUGGUGGUACCUCAACCUCUGAGCGGCCAGCAGAUGCGAGGCCGUGGUCGGGCCCAGCGCAUACAUGUCCACUUUUUUGAUGAACCGCCCACACGGGGAUGGGUCAGCACCAAAUACGUCAGAGAGUACCAUGGUUCUGACAGUAGUGAUUCUAAAACCGGAGGAUUGUUUUUUAGUGGGAAGCCUGAAGUCCGCCAUGCAAUGGAGCUUGCAGACAAAGUCUUGUUUGAUAGCCCAGAAAAACGAUUAAAGAUGCCUCUCUGCUCAGAUCCAUCAGAUGAGGAAGAAGAAGAAAUGGAGCUUGAUCAGACGACAAUGACUGACGGCGAGGGCAGUGAUGAGGAUCAAGUGAAAAAUGAGGAAUUAAAGUCAUCAAAAGUCAGUCCGCAUCCAACCCGGUCCAAUGGAAAUAAAGCCAAGCGUCGCCGUAUAAUCGUGGCUUCAGAAAGUGAGGAUUCUGAGGAUGAAUUCAAACCAGAGCAAGCCGCUAGCAGCAGUGAGGAUGAUGAGGAAGAAGCCACGGUAAGCAGUGAGGUUGAAGAAGCACAGAGCACACAAGAGUCUGAAGCGGAAAGCCCAGUUAAGCCUGUAAAACGUAAACGUCCCGUGGAGAAGCCCGCGACGACAAAGCCAAAGAUAAGCAGUAUCCCUUCCAGUGCAUCGAAACGGCCUCGGGCAUCUACAUCUGGCGACACAAAGUCUCGUUUAUCUGCCUUUUCUGCCCCUGACAUCUUUGAAAGCCAGGCCAGCGGAUCAGGCACAGAUGGAUCCACAAUGUGGGACCACGAGAAGCUGGAGUGGUUGCAGGAUCAUAAGAGGAAAGAUAGUCAAAGGCGGAAAGUGACGGACGAAGGAUAUGAUCCUACCACCCUGUAUGUGCCGGAAGACUUCACCAACCGGAACACUCCCGGUAUACGUCAGUGGUGGCUUAUCAAAGCCCAGAUGUUCGACACUGUUAUUUUCUAUAAGGUUGGCAAGUUCUACGAACUCUACCAUAUGGAUGCUGUGAUUGGAGUCAAUGAGCUCGGAUUGACUUUUAUGAAAGGGACCUGGGCUCACUCUGGCUUUCCAGAAAUCGGCUUUGCACGCUUCUCAGACGUACUGGUCCAGAAGGGCUACAAAGUGGCACGUGUGGAGCAGACUGAGACCCCAGAGAUGAUGGAAGCGCGAUGUAAGACUCUGGUCAAGCCCACCAAGUUUGACCGUGUCGUUAAGAGAGAAGUGUGCCGGAUCAUAACGCGAGGUACCCAGACGUACAGCGUGUUGGACGGCACCCCUUCUGAGAGUCAGAGCAAGUUCCUGCUCAGUUUAAAGGAGAAACCCGAAGAUGAAGGAAAGGGUUGGUGUAGCCGGACCUAUGGAGUCUGCUUUGUAGACACCUCUGUUGGCCUCUUCCACGUUGGUCAGUUUCCAGACGACCGCCACUGUUCACGUCUACGCACCCUGAUAGCGCACUUUGCCCCAGCCGAAGUGCUUUUCGAAAAGGGGAACCCAUCGGUUGAAACGCGCAAGAUACUCACUUCUCUGUCGUCAGCGCUGCAGGAGGGGCUGAAUGCAAGCUCACAGUUCUGGGAUGCUCAGAACACUCUGAAAAAGCUGUCAGAGGAAGACUACUUCAGAGAGAGUGCAGGAAAGGACAGGGCACAAAAUUUUCUACCUGCUGUUCUUAAAAAAAUGACCUACAGCGAUUCGCUCGGUCUUACCCAGGAGGGUUACGAACUGGCGCUCUCAUCGUUGGGUGCGUGCAUCUUCUACUUGAAGUGUCUCGUAGACCAGGUGCUCUCCAUGGCCACUUCGAAGGAAUACAUCCCUGUCGAUGUUGAAAUGGAGAAAGCUGCCGGAGAGAAAAGUUUCUUUGCUCAGACUCGCCAGCGCAUGGUCCUGGACGGAGUGACUCUGGCUAACCUGGAGAUAUUUCAAAAUGGCUCCGGAGGUACAGAGGGAACGCUGCUGGAGCGCCUCGACACCUGCACCACUGCUUUUGGAAAGCGGCUGCUCAAGCAAUGGCUCUGCGCUCCUCUGUGUAAUCCAACAUCCAUCGAGGACAGACUAGAUGCACUGGAGGACCUCAUGGUUUGUCAAGGGCAAGUGUCCGAAGUUUCGGAGCUGCUGAAGAAGCUCCCCGAUUUGGAGCGCCUCCUGAGUAAAGUUCACAGCAUUGGCACACCGCUGAAGGAUCAGAACCACCCGGACAGCAGAGCGGUUCUCUACGAGGAGGUCACCUACAGCAAGAGAAAAAUAGCAGACUUUCUUUCAGCGCUUGAAGGUUUCCAAACCAUGCAAGAAAUCGUCAAUGUCUUCGCAUCGGUUGCUGGCGACUUUCAGUCCAAGUUACUCUGUCAAGUGGUAAGUCUUCAAAAUGACAGCGGCGGGCUCUUUCCUGACCUCUCUGCCGAACUCAAGCGCUGGGAGACGGCCUUUGACCACCAAAAAGCGCGAAGCACGGGUGUCAUUACCCCGAAGGAGGGCUUCGACCCCGAAUAUGACCAGGCUCUGCUCGGCAUCAAGAGUUGCGAUCAAAAACUGCAGGAUUAUCUGGACCGACAGAAAAAGCGAAUCGGUUGCAAGAAGAUGGCGUACUGGGGCACCGGGAGAAAUCGCUUUCAGAUGGAGGUACCCGACAGCGUCUCUGAAAGGAAUAUUCCAGAAGAGUACCAGGUGAAGUCCACAAAGAAAGGCUGCAAGCGGUACGUGACCACGGAGACUGAGCAGCUGUUUUACGAGUUGCAAGGAUUUGAGGAGAAGCGAGAUGCUGCCCUGAAAGACUGCAUGAGGAGGCUCUUCUACAACUUUGACAAGAACUACAGCAACUGGAAGACUGCAGUGGAGUGCAUGGCAGUGCUUGAUGUUCUGUUGGCCUUAUUACGCUACAGCCAGGGUGGAGAUGGACCAAUGGCUAGGCCACAAGUUGUUCUCCCAGAUGGCGCUGAGCAAAUCACACCCUUCCUCGAACUCACCGGUUCUCGUCACCCGUGUGUUACCAAGACAUUUUUUGGCGACGACUUCAUCCCAAAUGACAUCUAUAUCGGCUGCCCUGGAGGCAGCGAGGAUGGCGAUGAUCAAAAUAAUCAUGCCCCAUGUGUCCUCGUCACAGGACCCAAUAUGGGCGGAAAGUCCACUCUCAUGAGACAGUGUGGACUUGUGAUCGUGCUCGCUCAGCUGGGCUGCUUCGUACCUGCCGAGAGUCUGCGCUUCACGCCCGUCGAUCGAGUCUUCACUCGGCUCGGCGCUUCCGAUCGCAUCAUGGCUGGAGAGAGCACCUUUUUCGUUGAGUUGAGCGAGACUGCGUGUAUUCUGCACCAUGCCACCAAACACUCACUCGUGCUUCUGGAUGAAUUAGGAAGGGGCACGGCCACAUAUGACGGCACGGCUAUCGCCUGCGCGGUUGUGAAGGAACUUGCCGAAAAGAUCUGCUGUCGUACGCUCUUCUCUACACAUUACCACUCCCUAGUGGAGGACUAUGCCAACAACCCGGCGGUGCGCCUUGGCCAUAUGGCAUGCAUGGUGGAAAACGAAUGCGAGGAUCCAAGCCAAGAGACCAUUACGUUCCUCUACAAGUUCAUUUCUGGGCCGUGUCCGAAGAGCUAUGGCUUCAACGCCGCUCGACUUGCCAGCCUACCAGAAACUGUCAUUCAGUCAGGGCACAAAAAGGCCAGAGAGUUUGAGGAGAGGAUCAUCAGUCUUCGACUUUUCAGGAAGCUCUGCCAGUUUGCUGAAGACCCCACACAGGAUAAGACCCACUUUGCCACACUUGUUCAGAAGAUUCAAUCCAUGUAAUUUGGAAACUUAUAUUUUGGGCAAGUUCUGUCUCACUUCGCUUUAGUUUGGCAACCCCACACUCACAGACGGUGCACUGUCCUCCUUUUGUGCAUUUGCAGUCUUGUUACUUUAGUGACACUGUGGCUUACUUUCAGACAUGGUCUUGUCAAAAUAUACCAAUUACAUUCCACGUUUUGUUCUGGAGGAGAAAAAAACACUGUCGUGAUCUAAUAAAGUUUAUUUUUUUUAAAAAAGACAAUGUUCACCUAGGAAAUUAAACCCUUUUAAUUCAAGCUAGCGCCUACAUAACGGUUAUUGAAUACUUCACAAUAUAUUAAGUCUAGAUGUUAUGAUACAUGCAUACAUUUCAGUCUGAAUUAGAACCCACAAUCACCAGUACACAUGAAUUGGGGGAGGGAUAAUGAAAUUAUAUAGUGCUGUAUGUAGAUACUGGUCUCAGCUUUAAUGGAGUAAAAAGCCUAUUGGCUUUUCCUGCAACAUUGACAAAAGUGGGCGGGGGGGGACUGAAAAGGAUUUCACAAGACAUGAGACCCAAUUAA